UCAUCACAGGCGUCGCUUGCAUGCAAUGAGGAAGGGGACCGCUGCUCUGAAGCGCAAGCAGGUGCAGCAGCUGCGACGGCACCACCAGCAGCUGCUGGCCGCAGACCUGUCCCUGUCGUCGUCUUCGUCGCGCUUGGCGGCGGCCCUGAUUUCAUCGGCGGUGGCCCUCAGCGCCGCAUCUACGUCGUCAGCCGCUUCAGCAGCAGCGGCCAAUGUAAAUAAUCAUCAUCAUAGCCAUACGCAACCGCAGCUACUGCCGCCAGGACAAGUGCUGCCACGCCAUCAUCAUCAUCAUCAUCAUCACCACCACCAGCAUAUGCAUCUACAGCAGCCGCAGCAGCAGCAACAUCCACAGCAGUCACAAGAACAACAGCAGUCGCAGUCGCACUCCCACAGACAUCACCAUCACCACAACCAUCAUCAGUGUCGCUCGAAACGCAAACUACAAAAAUUGUAUUAUACGCUUUGCCGUUAGAUUCGUACACCCCCUCCCCUUAUUUUUAAUUAACUUUAUAUAUGUAUACUUGUAUGAGAGAAUGUUUCUUAGAACCUUACCUUAAGUCGAAGCAUCCAAGACCAUCCCCAGCCCCAGCCCCGUCGCCAGCCCUCUACUUUUACUCGUACUCUAGUACUUCGCAUCCAUGUGUAUCGUGCGCGUCCCGUUUGUCUAUUUAAGUUUCAAAGUCAUGUCGAAAGAUACGUAUCUCUAUGUUGUAUAUUUAUUUAUUCAAAUUUUUUUCCCGCUCAUAUCUCAUUUGCGUAAUUGGCCCAAAAAACUGAAGCAAAAAUCUCAUCAGUGCAAUACCAUAUACAAACACCUAAAUAUAUAUAUAUAUAUAUGUGUCUAUAUAUAUAUAUAAUACGAGUAUAUAUAUAUAUAUAUGUAUGUAUCGAAUUUUUCAUCACUUUAUGUAUACAAACACUCCAAGCUAUUUAUUGAUAAUUGAGAAAGAUUUGUGAUUUGCGCACAUUAAUUAACUUCAUCCAGCCUAAAUCGUAAGUGUAGCAAUCAAGCAAUCUUCGUUUUAAGUACCCUCUCCUCUCCCAAGGAAUUUACGUAUUCGAUAUCUUCCGGCACAGUCGCCGCAUACGCUAUAUUCAGUGUAGAUCCCCCCACCCCAAACUACACUCCACCAUCCCCAAAAAACCACAACAAGCAAACCCUCUGAUUAAGUAUUACUUAGCGUUUAGUAAUGAUAUCUCUUAAGUUGCAACCAAGAUGAAGAUGUACUUUAUAAUGUAGGACGAACCUCAGUAGCUUCAAUCAGUUGUGCGGCUAGCCCCAGAUCUAGAUCCAUUCCUGGAGCAAUAUUAAAUCGUCUGAUCGUCUGAUUAGAGAGACAGCAAUCAAUCGUCAAUCUCCUUGAUAUUUGUAUUGUGUACUAGUAGUGUAUAUUCUGGUUGUGCUGCGCAGUAGGAAGUACUACUCAAUGCGAAUAAGAUUAACAUUUGUCAAGCCAUAGUGUGGCGCGCGUUCCUUAUACUAUAGUGAAUGGAAACAUGUGGGAUCUUACCGCUUUCGCUUAGCCCAGAGACAAGAGAUGACAGAGUGGCCCGUCAUGAUCCCAUCUUGGGGCCCAUUUUAAAGAGAAAUCAAGUUAAAUUAUAUAGUGCAUAGAAGGGAGAGUACCACCGUACCCCAGGCCCCGUACAUACACAACACAAAAUUUCGUACCUUGGUAGAAUUUGCAGUUCAAAAUUGCUUUAGAGUUUGUCAGUGUAAAGUAAAUUGUACGGCUUAAAAUUCACACACGCACACAUGGACAAUUUAGGCAAGAAUAUACAUACAAGAUACUACAUACAUAUAGUAACAAAAAAAACAAAAAACAGUCAUACAAUACACCUGCACUGCAGAUACAGAUGUAGUUGCAGUUGCAGAUGCACAACGUGUAUGUGUUUAUACCCUACUAUUAUGAACAUUAUAAAUGGAAAAGCUGCGAAGUAAACGUGCUAAGGUAAAUGGAAGUGAAGUCCACUUCCCAAUGAUACGAUUAAUAAAGUUCCCUCAUGUAAAUUCUACUGAUCCAUGCGAGUCUGGUAAUAAAAUGAAUAAGCAUAUACGAA